UAUUCAUUCAUUUCAGUUCAUUUUUCGCAAAUAUAAUUUAGCACCGCUCCACUCCCCAUACUAAAAUCGUUUUAUCAAGUGAUAUAAGUACGAUAAAAAUUUAAAAGUACUUAUGAUAUUCAUCUUCGGAAUUAUCUUUCCUCUAAAUGAGAUAUGAUAAAAAUAUUGCUAAGUUAUAUAACCGAAUGAUUGCUCUUACUGUCAUAACAAAAGUGAUCGUGCAACAAAAAUGUUUCUCAAAAGGAUAGUUCUAUCCUUGUUUUGUUUCCACGUGGUGUUGGGAAAAACACCUGAAAUUCGAGAAGAUGUAAGGAAAUUCCCUGACGGUUUCCUGUUUGGUGUUGCGUCCGCUUCGUACCAGGUGGAAGGGGCUUGGGAUGAAGAUGGUAAAUCGGAGAGUAUCUGGGAUCAUGACACUCACAAGAUACCCAGCCCCAUCGAUGAUAUGUCUACAGGAGACAUCGCGGACGACUCAUAUCAUUUAUACAAACGUGACGUAGAGAUGGUCAGAGAAAUGGGCGUUGACUUUUACAGAAUUUCCCUGUCCUGGACCAGGAUCAUGCCUACUAGUUUCCCAGACAAAAUCAACCAAGCAGGAGUUGACUACUACAACAAUUUGAUUAAUGAACUACUGAAACACAACAUUAAACCAAUGAUUACACUCUUCCACUGGGACAUGCCCCAAAAGCUUCAAGAGAUGGGGGGAUGGACAAAUCCCAAUAUUGUUGACUGGUACGGCGACUACGUACGGACUGCCUACGAACUGUUCGGAGACAGGGUUAAAUAUUGGAUCACCAUCAACGAGCCCACUCAAAUUUGCCUUUAUGGCUAUGGAUUAAAUUUGUUAGCGCCUAGGCUUAAUAUUCCUGGUGUGGCUGAUUAUUUGUGCUCUAAAAAUUUACUAUUAGCUCACGCACGGGCCUACCAUAUCUAUGAUGAAGAAUUUAGAGCGUCUCAGGGAGGCAAUAUAUCCAUUACACUCAGCGCUCAGUGGUAUGAACCUGAGUCUGAAUUGUAUGCCACUGCUUCAAGAGAAUAUCUGCAAUUUGACUCAGGAGUCUAUGCUCAUCCUAUCUUCUCAAAGGAGGGGGAUUGGCCUUCAAUUGUAAAGGAGAAAGUAGCUCGCAAAAGUGCAGAACAAGGAUUUGCCAGAUCCCGACUUCCUGACUUUACUCCUGAAGAAAUAGAAUACGUUCGUGGAACGUCAGAUUUCUUCGGACUGAAUCAUUACUCCAGUUACUUCGUGAAUAUGGAUGAGGACACCAUCAAUAGCUAUGCAGUUCCUUCCCGGGCCGAUGAUAUUGGUGUCAAUGUAUUCAAACUAAACGAAUGGGUUUUAUCCGAAUUUAGUUCAACUGACUAUGUGCCUUGGGGAUUCUACAAACUACUAAACUACUUUAGAGAAGAAUAUGACAACCCCCCUAUAUUUAUAACUGAAAAUGGUUUCGGAACUUACUAUACUGGGUUGGACGACGACGAACGAGUAACAUACUAUAGGGGCUACAUUGGCGCCGUGCUGGAUGCCAUUGAUGAUGGCACUAAUAUCAUUGGGUAUACCGCAUGGUGUCUCAUGGAUAACUUCGAAUGGACUAAGGGAUACACGGUCCGAUACGGCAUCUACCACGUGGACUUCGAAAGCCCGAACCGCACGCGAACCCCGCGCAAGUCCGCCUUCGUGUAUAAGGAGAUUGUGCGCACGCGCUCGCUCGACAUCGGCUUCGAACCCGACACCUCUGUGAUGACUAUUGACGAAGGACACUGAUGACAAAUAAACUACGUUAUUAUUA